UGCUCCCUUGAGAUCUUGACGCCAAUCAUCUCAGCCUUGCGGAUACUUCCGCCGUCACCCCCGAGAAUGUGACAAAACCGAACAACCAGCCUCGCCUUCUUUCCUCCUCUUAACCCGAUGGACACCGAACCCGAAUAAUCUCAGGCACCGGCAACGGCCUUUAACGGGCGGAAGCGGCGCAGAUGGCGGCCAAUUACUGGGAAUCAACGCAGCGGAAACACUGGCAGUUCACCAAACAUGACCUCGCCGCCCUCCGUCAACGACUCGAUGAUGAAGACCCCGGCCUCGUUCAGAUGUUCCCCCUCCCGCAGCUGCGCCAUCUCAACAUCUACUUUAAUCAGCAGAUAAACCGCCUCGGCAAGCGUCUCGGCGUCCGACAACAAGCCAUGGCCACCGCCCAAGUCUACCUCAAGCGCUUCUACACACGCACCGCGAUCCGCCAGACCAACCCCUACCUGGUCAUCGCCACGGCCCUCUACCUCGCCUGCAAGAUGGAGGAGUGCCCACAGCACAUACGGAUGUUAACACAAGAGGCGCGGUCUCUGUGGCCGUCGGACCUGCUCGGGCACGACCCGGCGCGCGUGGGCGAGUGCGAGUUCUCGCUCAUCUCGGAGAUGCACUCGCAGCUGAUCGUCCACCAGCCCUACCGCUCGCUGCUGGGAGUGCAGGACGAGUUCGGCCUGACCCAGGACGAGAUGUCGCUCGCCUGGACCGUCAUCAACGACCACUACAUGACCGACCUGCCGCUGCUGCACCCGCCGCACGUCGUCGCCCUGACCGCCGUGCUGUUGGCCUUGGUGCUUAGGCCGAGCGCGAAUGCCACCGCGGCCGGAGGGGGUGGGAGUGCGGGCGCGGCUGCCGCGGCGGCGGCUGCGAACGCCGGAGGGGUCGCGAUGGCUGCUACUGCGCUGGCGCAGGCGCAAGCACAGGUCCAGGCUCGGGCCGCGGCCAUCGCCGCUGCCGGUGGCGGAGGAGGGGCGCCGGGGUUCGGGUCGCAGGGGUCGCAGCAACAGGCGGGCUUCUCGCAGGGGAACUCACAGGGGAACUCGCAGGGCGACGGCCUGGCGGCGGAGCCGAAGAAGGUGACGGACCCGCGUCUGGCAAAGGUGCAGCGCUUUGCGGCGUGGCUGGCGGACAGCAAUAUCGACGUCGAAGCCAUGGUCGACUGCACCCAGGAGCUGAUCUCGUUCUACGAGUGUCAUGAGCAGUACAACGACAAGCAUACCAAGGAGCAGAUCAACCGGUUCGUCAAGGCACGCAACCUCGACAAGUGAGGAUCACGAUUCCCGAAGCAUCUUCACCCCAUGGUUCUGGUCCGGGAAGCGCCCCUUCCUAGGAACUUGAGCCCACGCGAUGGGCAAAUAUCCAGCGACCCAUCGUGGUCUCGAACGGC